AUGAGGGACAUCCAAAACUCUGAGAAGUGUGAGGCAGAUAUGAUGCUGCAAGAACUCCUCGCAAGAUGCACAGGUUCUUCUCAAUACCUUUCUGUCAGCGAGAAAGCAAAGCUACUUGACUUUGUUCGGGACCUCCCACGCUGGUCUGUCUUGCGUCUCAUCAUGCAGCGGAUGGCAUACAAACAGUGGGGCCUUAACCGUGUGUUUGAGCCCGAGCCCAGAUUUUCGGGCAAGGUGAUGAUUGAGGACACCCAAAUCAACCUUGAGUUGGAUGUAAAGUCUAAGGAGCGCGUGACUCCAUUCGGUAUACGCGGAUGUGCAACUACCGUGUUUUCUGUGAAGAGCGAGGCACUAUCAGGUCUGCAGCAGGAUCCCCAUUUUUCCAAUGAAUCUUCUGAACUGGUGGCCAAGCUCUAUUGGCCAGAAGAGACGUGUCAGAAUGAGCCAGACAUCCUCAACGAGGUCUACAAAAUUGCACAGACAGAUCCAGAUGUGCAAGGCCAUGUCCCAGAGCUGGUCUGGUUCUACAUCAAAGAAACAUCCAUGUCCAAGAUUAGAGUAACACCAAGACUGAACGACACUGAACGGGCCGAACAGGGCAGCCGUGCCCUGUACAUCACCGUAUUCAGAAAGCUUAUCCCAAUCACAAGGCUUUCUGGCGAGGAGUUCCUUGCCGCAUAG